CUUCAAGCUUUGUGCGUAUAAGAGAUUAUCGGCGCUGUUGCGACAUACGUCCUAUCAAUUAAAAGUUCUAAAUUAACCGAAUCGUUAAUAAAAAAUGCAGAAAGAUCAGUCGGAAACACCAAAACUGAAACGAUUUAGGAGGGUACAAAAGGUUUCUACACCAGAACCAGUAAAAAAGAAUAUAGCGGAUCACAUAAUGAAUGUUCGUGCAGGUAGUUCACACCAUAGGGCAACAAUGGCUCCGUCUGAUUUUACUUCACAACAGAGUUUCCCAAAAAAGAAAUUCACAUUGGACCGUACCUCGAUAUUUUCUAUGCAAUCAAUGGCAGAUGGAACAAAAAUAAUGGAUUCAGAAUGCAACGACGUGGAGUUGAAACUCCUUUACGACCAAUAUUUACAAAGGAUUAUGACAGAAAUAAUUCUAAAAAAGAAAACAGAAGAAAAGGAGAAAUUGUUUUUAUCUCAGCUGGCCACGAUAGCCAAGGAAUAUGAUCACAACGAAGAGAAAUUAUUUAAAUUAAAAACUAGAGAAAGAGAUAUAAUAAAUUUGACCGAGAUACAAAAUGAGAUUGAUUCUCAAAUUCUAGAUGUGAAUAAUUGCACUAGAGGAGAAGAGAAUAAAAUAUUAGAGAAGAUUCUAUCGCAGUUAUAUGAUCUUCUGAAACCUCUGGAUAUACUUCGUUGUGAUAAUAUAGUUCUUCCUGAGACAGCCGAGGAGUGGGAAGAAACUAAACAAGGCUUGAAAUCAUGUUCAGAGAGUUUAAAGUCUAUUGUAGAUUUAAUUGGAACAAAAAUUGAAUCAUAUCAAGGCGUUAAUGAGGGGAUUAAGAAGUUUGUGCAUACUUUAAACGAUAUUAAAGAUCAUCAAAGAAGAUUAGAAAAAGAACUUUACGAGUUGCAAGCUCUUACAUUGAAAUCUGCAUCGUUGACCUUAAUGUAGAGCCAAAAUGAAUAGGUACUAAAUCAUAUGUAAAUUAUACGAUAUUAAAUCAUUUAAAAUAUUUAAUAUAUUUAAGAAUUGCUUAUUAUAAUUUUUAUACACAAAUAUUGUACGUUUGUAACUUCUAAUAUUUAUAAGAGAAGGGUUGCUAAUUGUCACAAUUAUAUAUUUACAAUAUAGAUUAAAUCAAAAUUCUAUUUAAAUUUUGGAUAUUACUUUUAUAUGCAAAGAAAAUAAAAAUAUUCAUCAAUUUUUUACAGAAA